GUUUUCAGUCAAAUGAACUUAAAGGAAAAUUGUAGAAGCUUAGUUUAGAUAAAAAAAAAAAUAGAUUUAAUUCAUUAACCUUCCUAAAGUCUGAUGAAUAAAGGCUUAGUGAAAGUUGAGUUUUGAGACUGGUUUUAGUCGAUGAUGAAUUGAUCAGCAGAUGGCAGCACUGAUCAGGUUUUUCCCUUAACAACUUUAACAGGUGGCUGUAUUCGCCUGUUUAGUCACACUGAGAAGAUAGUCAAAGCCCCUGUCUUUGGAAUAACUCACACUUAGUAUUUAUAAGUUUUAACUUUUUAAAAUAGUUCUUUUCAGUUUUUCGGUCUUUCUGGCCGAGGAAACUUCUCAAUGGCAGAAGUAAUCACGUAUUCACAAGCUACGUCGCCGUCGCAUAGCAACGACUCCAUUGUCCUUCUCUUAUUGGCUGAGCUGAUGGGUUUGACAGGAAGUGGAGCCGAGACGAAGAGGCUGGAAAUAGGAGCUCUGAGGGGGCAGUUUGGAAGAACUGGGGUAUAUGGCGACUUCGGAUUGGGCGAAAUGAACUUCACUGAGGGUCAUCUUUGGUAUCUGGUCUAUUGAGGGUCCUGGGAAUCAAACCCCCAGGUUGUCUCAUCCAUCCCGUUUGCAGUGAACUUUUUCUUGUAUUUGUCACUUGUACUGUCUUUGAAUCACUGCAGUUGAUUGUAUGAUAUUUGAUCUCUGGUGUAUCAUACCUUAGUUUAUUCUUGCACAAUGGACUGUAAACUGUAACAUCGCCCAUGCGUCACUUCUAUAUGUUAUGUUUUACAGGCUGCAGCUGCCGUUUGACACAGCCCCCGGAUAGUUAUCUUCUCAUUUCUCAUUUUCUUGUUGAACCUGUUUUUUCUGAAAGUUCUGAAAACAUUCAAGAUAUUAUGAUAGAUGUAUAUGAGGGAGUGUUUAAAGACCAGCCUCUAUUGUUGUUGACAUGAACACACCUUCAAGUUUAUCGCUUUUUACAUGUUGAGAUAAAAUCCAUUUUAUCAGAUGUGAAUGCUUCUCGCUUGCCCUCUUGGAUUGGUGAGGCGCCAGGAAAUCUGCUCCGCAGCGAGAGGCAGGAGAGUAGUGUGUGGGGUUUGGACUUUGGCCCCCGCUGGGGCCAGAGCGUAUUUAUUGGCUGCUGCUGCUUGAACAAACUCAUGUGGAGUGAUCUGUCUGAUGAGUGAUUCAGUGCUUGCAGUACCGUGGCCCAGCACCAUGGUAGAUGUGCCCAAUCCAUUCAGCCCCUUGCCCUCAGUCGGGGAAAUAGGAUUGGACAGCCCGCUGUGUGGGGAUCUGAUCAAGGAAAUGGAGGAGCUUGAGGACAUCUCUCGAUCCUUCAGCGAUGACACCUUCAACAUGUUGUGCCUUCCUGACAUCCAGGAAUCCAGCACUAGUUCCAACAGCUCUGCUACUCUCGAUGUUUUGAGCCCAGCCUCUAGUCCAUCUUCAGCAACCUCUGGAGCAGUCACAGGGCAAGAUGAGAUUAUCCCCAGCCCCUUAAACCUUGAGUGCCGUGUAUGUGCUGAUCGUGCCUCAGGCUUCCACUAUGGAGUGCAUGCCUGUGAGGGGUGUAAGGGUUUUUUCAGGAGAACCAUACGCCUGAAGCUGGAGUAUGACAAGUGUGAGCGCAGCUGUAAGAUCCAGAAGAAGAACCGGAACAAGUGCCAGUACUGCCGUUUUCACAAGUGCCUCGCUGUGGGCAUGUCCCACAACGCCAUUCGUUUCGGGAGGAUGCCACAGUCAGAGAAGCUGAAGCUCAGAGCAGAACUGCAGAUCCCUGAGAAAGAGGAGAAAAAGAUGCAGCUGGAUGACUGGAAGACUCUGGCAAGCCAAAUCCAUGAGUCCUAUCUUAAACAGUUCCACCUGAACAAGACUAAAGCACGAGGCUUUCUUACUGGCAAGACCAACAUGCCACCUUUUGUCAUUCAUGACCUGGAAACACUACAGCAGGCACAGCCUGUUCUGGUCACCCAGAUGCUGAAUGAGGGAAGGGAGGACUUUGCACUUAUUCUUCAGGGGCAGGAGACUGAGGAUCGCAUCUUCCACUGCUGUCAAUACAUCUCGGUCGAAACGGUCACGCAGCUUACCGAGUUUGCCAAGGCUGUGCCUGGCUUCCCCAGCCUCGACCUCAAUGACCAGGUGACACUGUUGAAGUAUGGAGUGCAUGAAGCUUUCUUUGCCCUGCUGGCAUCAUGCAUGAACAAGGACGGGAUGCUGGUGGCACGGGGCAGCGGCUUUAUUACCCGUGAGUUCCUUAAGAGUCUCCGCAAGCCUUUCAGCGAUAUGAUAGAAUCCAAGUUCCAGUUUGCCAUGCGAUUCAAUGCCCUGGAGCUGGAUGACAGUGACCUGGCACUGUUUGUGGCUGCUAUUAUCUGCUGUGGCGACCGACCAGGACUAGGAAACGUGUCACAUGUCGAAGGCAUUCAAGAAAGUAUCAUUCAUGCUCUACGGCUCCACCUGCAGACCAACCACCCAGACGACACCUUGCUCUUCCCCAAGCUCCUGCAGAAACUAGCUGAUCUUCGGCAGCUGGUAACAGAGCACGCACAGUUGGUCCAGGACAUUAAGGAAACACAGGAUGCUUCUCUCCAUCCACUACUGCAGGAAAUUUAUAAGGAUAUGUACUGAACAUUGAACUACAGGGUGGAAUUUGUGGUGUAGCUGGAUGUGAGGUAGCCCAUGUCUAAAUAAUGCCCUCCAUCUUCAGGACUGCAGCACGAGGAUUAACAGAUUAACCUGCUAGUGGAUUAACAGAUUAACCUGCUCUGAUAUGGCUGUGUGGUUCUACACUAAUAUACAGCCCCAGUGGCCAAACGUGCAAGCGCGUAGUUGUAUGCAGUGCCUUUUACUCCAAGUUGUGGAUUCACUACAGGGAAGGAGAAAGCUGAGUGUAAAAGUUUGCAUACCUUUAGAGAUUUUACUAUUGGCCUGACUUUUAAUUUGUUGGGUUUCCCAGAUGUUAGGUUCGUUAACUAAAUUUUCCAAUUUUUGUCUGUUAAUAUAUUAACAGUAAAAAAGAGAAACAAUUAAAAAGAUUAAUAAAUAAAAACUCUAUCUCGCUUCUUUAACUGCUAUGCCACUGUGCUAUACAACUUUUGCCUUUUUAAUUGCUUCCAACCUUCUUUGUAGCCUCUGAACAGCUUUUGGAUCAUCUCAGUUUUAAUACUGGCUCCAUCUAGCCCAAUAUUUGCCCAGUGUUUUUGGAAUAUCUAGCACACACUUCUUAUUUCAUAUCACAUUUGGAGAUCAUCAUGCAACUGUUUCUGGUUCUUUGGAUGCACCACAUUUGAUGUUUACUUUCUUCUAGUUUUGAAGAAGAAAUGUAAAAUGGAUACAUUUCACUUUCUUCCAUUAAAAAAAAGAGAAAAUAGAGGAUGCAAACUUUUGCAACAUUGCACUCAACUCUAGAGAUCUUCUGUAGAUCUGUCAUCCAAGCAAACUGUUAGGACUUGUUUGAGUGAACGGUUAUUGAAGUCCACAAGUCCGUUCUGAAUAUGAAUUAUGAUUUUCAUGCUAGUAUACAUCCUAUCCACACAGAGCUCAUGUAGGACCAAUACCUCAUUUUAAAUGGCAUAAAGAAACUUGUAUAGUAGUUUUGUAUUACAACGUACACACUGUAUAGCACUCCAGCUGUUGUUAUUAAAGGAUGUUAUUUAUUUUUGAAAACAAGUAUUAUUUUAUGGUUAAAUUGACUCUGUACAAAUGAAACUGCCAACCUUUUGUGUGUUAAUAGCACAACAUGCUCAAAAAAAAUCUAUAUUAUUUACAAUUCUGCUCAGUAAUUACACAAGUAUGUGAGUGUUUUUAUUCUAUGUAUCAGGAAAUAUAUUGUAUAGAUACUCAGGGACAAUCAGCUUUGGAUUUACACUAGAAUAGAUCACUGACAUCAGGUACACAACACUAGAAGCACUUAUUUGGAGGAAAAUAGUUUAUAAUACUGUUCUUUAUGGGAAAGAAUCAUUGUAUUUGUAUGUGAAAGAACAUCAGUGAAAAUGAUUCAUAUGGUCUUGUGGAGUAGUUCUAGAUUAAAAACCUACUUAAUUCAUUUAACAUUUGGAUUAAGUCUAGUAUCUGCAUAAAUAUGUAUAUGUAUGCGAAUAUGAAUAAAGUUAAUUAUUUUAAAAAUU